AUGGCGACCAUUUAUCAGACCAAAAGUGCAGUGCAUUACAGCAACCGCAACAGCAAACCAGCCUCGCCACCACCCAGCCAGCUAUUGGCACAGAUUUCGACCAAUGUGGCCAAACUUGUCGAAUGCCCACGCGAAGCACGAUCUUUGGCACAUCGACGACUCCCGAGUUUGCCCAACUUUAUCCACCAGGUUUAUGUUAAAUGCCGUAUGACACCAACAUUGCUUACGGUGGCCUUGAUCUACUUGCAACGUCUUCAAACCAAACUUCCGAGCGGGUCUCAAGGAGAAUACGACACGCCAUACAAGUUGUAUCUUGCAUCAGUUGUAUUGGCAUCCAAAUUCCUCGAAGAUUCGCAUGCCGUUUCACGCAAUGUUUAUCGUGUUUGUGCACCCGUUUAUUCUGCUGAAGAGAUCUCGGUCAUGGAACGAUCAUUCCUUGGUGUCAUCAAGUACAACCUCUUUGUAAAGUGGGAAGAGAUUACACAAUUUGUGCAAGAUCAUGGCGAACCUAUCAGUAUCCUUGAGCUGGACCUCUAA